GUCAGUGGGAUCAUGAACAGUGUAAGAAAUUCACUAAAAUCGGUUCAGUAGAACCCACGCAUAAAAAAACCCAAGACCCAGGAUAAUCAUGUUCCUAGAACUGGGUUUGAGAUUGACAGACGAGAAGAGUCCAUGGUCACGAAUAACUAUUAAAAACUCGAAACAAAUGGAGCAGCAAACUGAAAAAGCGGACAGGGACACUGCAACCGUUUCGCCGGCGGCUACAAACGGGAACAAGAGUGACACAGGGAAGGUAAUAAAGGAAGAGGUGAAGAAGCAGUUUUGGCUCUCUGCUCCACUCAUCGGCGUGAGCCUCCUCCAAUACUCUCUCCAAGUCAUCUCGGUCAUGUUCGUUGGCCAUCUCGGCUCACUUCCUCUCUCUGCUGCCUCCAUCGCCACCUCCUUCGCCUCCGUCACCGGCUUCACUUUCCUGAUGGGCACAGCUAGUGCGUUGGAAACACUUUGUGGCCAAUCGUACGGAGCAAAGAUGUACGGGAAGCUAGGCAUCUACAUGCAGAGAGCCAUGUUUGUUCUCCUCAUACUCUCCAUUCCUCUCUCCGUCGUUUGGGCUUACACUGAGAACAUCCUUGUCUUCGUCCACCAAGACAAAUCCAUCGCCAGCCUUGCAGGCUCGUACGCUUGGUACAUGAUCCCAAGCAUCUUCGCUUACGCGCUUCUUCAGUGCCUAAACAGGUUCUUGCAAACGCAAAACAAUGUCUUCCCUGUUUUUGUAUCCUCUGGAAUCACUGCCUGUCUUCACGUGCUUCUCUGUUGGGUCUUGGUCUUGAAGUCUGGUCUAGGACACAAGGGAGCUGCUCUUGCUAUCUCUGUCUCUUACUGGUUCAACGUCAUUCUUCUCUCGUGUUACGUCAAGUUCUCAGCUUCUUGCUCUCAAACAUGGACCGGUUUCUCCAAAGAGUCUCUCAGCCAGAUCCCUGCUUUUAUGAGGCUUGGCUUUCCUUCCGCGGUUAUGGUCUGCUUAGAGCUAUGGUCGUUCGAGCUUUUGGUUCUCUUAUCUGGCCUCCUUCCUAAUCCUGUUUUAGAAACUUCAACCCUUUCAAUCUGCCUUAAUACGUCACUAACACUCUGGAUGGUACCGGUUGGCCUUGGUGGCACUGCAAGCACGAGAAUCUCGAAUGAGCUAGGAGCAGGGAAUCCUAAAGGGGCAAAGCUGGCUGUACGUGUUGUUGUAGCUAUAGUAAUCGUUGAGGGUCUUAUGAUGGGAUCAAUUCUGUUAGGUGUACGUAACAAAUUGGGAUAUGCUUUCAGCAGCGAUCCUAAUGUCAUCAAGUACGUUGCAUCUAUGAUACCUAUUGUCGUCGCUGGCAACUUCCUUGAUGGAUUCCAAUGCGUUCUCUCAGGAGUUGCUAGAGGGUGUGGAUGGCAGAAGAUUGGUGCUUGUGUGAAUCUCGGCUCAUAUUAUCUAGUUGGAGUUCCCUUGGGAUUAUUACUAGGUUUCCAUUUACAUCUCGGUGGUCGGGGCCUUUGGCUGGGAAUUGUAAUGGCUUUAGUUGUUCAAGUCCUGUCUCUUUCCAUCAUCACUUUAGUUACAAACUGGGAUAAAGAGGCCAAGAAAGCUAAAGACAGGCUCGAAUCUUCGGAUAAUGAUGAGGUUAAUGAACGUUAAAGAGUAAUGGCUCAGAAAAUGCUUCGAGCUCUCUGCAUCGUCCUGUUUCAAAAUUGUAUCUUCUCGGUGAGGUUGAAGCUUUCCCACUGCGUUUGGUAAUGCAAGUUUUCAUGAUUGAAACUUAUACUGGGUCGAGUGUAAAUUGUUGGCAACAAUUGAACCUGCAUUGUUAAAUAUACCGGUGAAUGGCGAAAUAAAUAAAUAUUGUUACGAAAGUAAAAA